CGCCGCAGCGAUUGAAAAUACACAAAUAUAAAAAAGUUUACUUUUGCCAGCGCUUUGGUUAGUUAAAGUUAGUUUAGUUUAAACAAGCGUAAUGUGCACACAACAUCGCUUACGCUACGAAUAACGAAUCGACAAAUUGUUUUAUUUUAAGUUAAUAACAAAAUUCUUACGAAUCAAACGAACGCAUAGCAAUAACAUUUUGAAAAUCGCGAAAUUGUGAUAGCAUUUGAAAACAACGAGUAAAACAGAGGAACAACGAGUUUUAACUAAUUAAAAAAAAUAAGUGUAACAAAAAGUAAACAACACAUAGCCGUUAUUUAAACGUUUGAAUUUAAACAAUCGCCAACAUUAACAACAAAAACACCAUCAGCGCAACAAAGCCAAACAGGAAAAAAUUCCGAAAUUUUCGAUUAGUGACUAAUCCAGUGCGAAUAAUCGGCAGACACAUACCCAAACAAAUUGAUACAUUUGAUUAAUUAAUAGCGCAACGAUAUUCCAGUGCGUUUCGUGUUUGGUUUUUUUUAAGUGCAUUUAAUUGAUAAAAUAAAAGUGGCUUGCAUGGCAGGAUUCGAAUUACAAAGUGGUGCUACCAAUAAAUCGGCAACUUUGACCCAUUGCAACGAAAGCGAAUCAGGCAAAGCAGCUGAAUAUUGCACCUGCCCAUCCUUGGCGCAUGCCAAUGAAGAGAAAUCUCAACUAAAAGAAAGAACAGCUACAAGAACAACAACAACAAAUAAUUAUAAACAACAACAUCACCUAACCAUUUUACUAAUGGUAAUAAUGGGUUUCAUUGUAAUAAUGCCACACAAUGUAGAUGCCGCUGCAGUGAGGAGACAUUUAACUGCAACAUACGGCUCGGAUGCAACAGGCAAGGCUGAAAAACUAUUGCUACUCUCUGAGGCCAUUGAAGAGUUGGCCGAGGAAUAUGUCAGGGAAGAAAAAGAACUGAACUUAGAAUCGGAAGAUCCACAAUCAUCCGAUUAUUCAUAUUCUGAUUCAGAGACCUACGAUGAGUUGUCACCCAUCGAUGUGGUUAGACAUGCGGAACGUAAAUCGGAAUAUCAGAAGAGCCGCAAUGGCAAAUUGAACAAACGUCAGGCCCAACAUUUGGAUAAUUUGAAAUACUUUGAUGGCACAUCCAAACACAAUGUCUGGCAAAAUCCCUGCAAUGUUAUGGGUGAAAAUCCAGCUGUGGAUGUCACCCACAGCCGGCGUCAUACCUAUUAUCUCUUGAAAAGAUUCCGUGAAACCAUACGCAAAGAAUACGUUACCCGCCAUUUGAGUUUGAAACACAUCAAACUCGAUGAUAUGAAUUCGUGGAGCUUGCAUCGUGACUACUAUACAUUUUUGCCAAAAGUGAAACAAAACUCUAGCAUCACUCUCAGUCGUUGGUAUAGUAACAUGCAAAUAUUUGUCGCAUCCUUUGGCUACUUGGGACGCAGCCAAUACCAAUGGGACAUGGCCAGGCAGCAGUAUGUCAGUGAGACAACCAAGGAAUUGGAUCAAUUGUUAACCAGUGCCCGCCUAAUGUUGUGCGAAUUGGAAUUCACCAUCAAUGGUUCGCAUGCCAAUGCAAAUACCAGAAAAUUGAAAUCUUUCAGCACAGAGGCCAUGGACAAGAAACUGCAAUUCCAGGUCAAAGAACAACAAAACCAUGGCAAUGCUGUGGUAGAGCCCACCCUGCUGGACUUGAAAUUUGCCAAGGAUGCCUACUUUAAAUAUUUGGCUGGCAUGCGCAAGGUAUUGAAACGUAAGGUCUCGAAAAAUCUAAGCAAUUCCGUGAAACUGGAGAGCUCAGAAACGGCAUCGGCGGAAAAUCCCAGCAACGGCAAUGAUGAGUCACAAAGUUCGGUGAAUCUCAGUUCAAUGAUGCGCCCCGACUCCAACAUGAGUUUGGGUGAAAGUUUUGAACUGAGCAUGAAAGCUCAGACAACAGCCAAGCCAGUGCAACAGAAGAAGAGGCGCCGACAACGCCAGAACAACAGCAACAAACAAACGAGUGCGUAAACACCCAACCCAACCCAAACAAUCAAUCUGCCAAGUGUGCCAAUGAAGCUAAGCUAAGAUACAGCUGGACCAAAAAUCCAUGGUCAGUUGUCAUUCCUGACAAAGCAGUUCCUAAAAGUAUUAUCUAACAUUUCCUUAUUCGAAUUGUACUUAAACAUAAACAUAGUUUACUCUUACCACCCUUCCCACUUUAAAUCUCACCUUCAUCCUUCAUGAAACUAUUUAUUAUGUCAUGUUUUUCUUUUUAACUUUUGUUAAUUAAUUUAUUUAUUAUACAUUCCAUGCCACUAGAUGUAUUUUUAUUUAUUUAUUUAUUUUACCAAGAGAGUCGAGCAUUUGCCCACUACCACCCACUCCCCCCUCAUUAUCAUUCUCCCAACAUGUGCCACAUUUACACAUAGUAUUAGCUAUUUAUUUUGUAUUUAGAAUUUUAAUAAUAUUUAUAAACAAACAUUUUUUAAAAUAAGAUAUAACUGUGAUAAAUCCAUAUACUUAAAUAUUUAUUCCAACUUAAAUAUUUCGAUGGGAAAAACAGUAUUGACGAAAAUUUAAAAAAUAUUCCCACGAACAAAAACACACAAAAGAUUUGCAAAUUUGAUAAAGUCACAUUUUUGAAAUUAAUUUCAUUACUUGCCAAUAUUUCUUUUGUUGAUAUCCAUAACCAUCGAUAUAUUUAAUUUGACAUGUAUAUUAAAAGAAAUUGUGAAAUUAUUUUUUGAAAAAAAUAAAAUAAAUAUAAUAAACUUACCGUUAGGCAAGUUAGCA